UCAACUCUCGCCACAUCCGUCGUUUCCCAAUAUUCACCUCCUAACGAAUUUCCGCUGCCCUAUUGACGCUCGCCUGUUCCGACCUGCGUCCGCACCAUUUUAGCUCCUCUCCCGUCGUCUGCGUUUCAGAUCUCGAUCUCCUCCCGUCUCCGUGAUCUGGAGGAUUUUCUCCCCGAUUGAAGUUCCAACUACAUCAUGGAGUCGACCUCUCCGCCUUUCGCCCUGGGGCCUCCUAGGCAGCGUCCAGGGAUGGUGCCCAACGCUACCAGCGUCCCUCAAACUCCCCAGAUCGGCCAACCGAUGGCCUCCUCAUCAAUCCCGCCUCCGUUCGCGCCGACUUUCCUCGGAUCCUCCCGCCCAGCCCCUACCCCUUUCGCAUCCCGCCCGCCUCCACCAGGGGCCAUCCCACAGGGCCCGAUCGCCAGCAACGGGCCUCCAAAUUCCGGAUUUAUUGCGCCUCGGGCCUUCCCUCCGCCUUCAGCACAGCAGGCGCCGGCUUUGGCCGCCUCGUCAUCGAUCAGGGCACCCCCUCCGUCUGUUGCACCUACUCAAGGUUCGGGCCUCCGGCAGUAUCCUGGAAGUCCACCUUCCGGGGCUUCCAUGGCAGCUGCCGCAUCUCCGUUUAUAGGCCCUCCAGCAUCUCAACAUUUUGGAAGACCGCCUACCUCCCAAUCACCCUUCUCUGGUCCUCUGGCACCACAGCUUCCUUUUGCUGGACCACCGUCCUCACAACGUCCUUUGGUUGGAUCGAUGAACUCACAACUGCCCCUUGCCGGACCGGCUACCUCACAGUUGUCCUUUGGCGGACCGCUCACUUCGCAGUCGCCUUUUGCAGGACCACCCACUUCCCAGGCGCCCUUUGCAGGAACUCCAACUUCACAACCGCCCUUCACUGGACAGCCUACUUUGCAGCGGCCCUUCGCCAGAUCGACCACCCCUCAGCCACCCUUCGCCGGGCUGCCCACCUCUCAGCAAUUUGGUGGACCACCCACUCAGACAUUUACCGGUCCGCCAAUUUCACAGUUUGUCAGUCCACUAACCUCGCAGCCGUAUUCAUCUCGGCCAUCUUCACCGUCGUAUAUGGCCACUCCAUAUUCACAGCCAUUUUCCAAGCCUCCAACCGUGGGCACUACUUUUAGUUCUCCAGUUUGGCCAUCUCAGCCAGGACAGGUGGUUCCUUCCUUGCCUGGUAAUGUGCAAGCACCUCCUAGGAUGUUUGGCGUGCCACCAGGCAUGCCAAGUCAACAAAUUCCUCCAGUCCCACCUGCUAUGGGCCAUUCAGCCCUAGCAGGGCCUCAGGUCUCCACACAGUCAAAGAUAGAUCCAAACCAAAUUCCUCGACCUUUGCCAAGUUCGUCAAUCACACUAUUUGAAACUCGUCAGGGAAAUCAAGCAAAUGUACCUCCGCCUGCAACCAGCAAUUUUGUUGUUAAGGAUAAUGGAAAUUCCAGCCCUCGUUUGAUGAGGUGCACACUGAAUCAGAUUCCAUGCACUGGGGACCUUCUAUCUACCUCUGGUAUGCCUCUCACCUUAAUGGUGCAACCCUUGUCACUUCCACAUCAAUCGGAGGAGCCUAUCCAAGUUGUCGACUUUGGUGAAAGUGGACCUAUUCGGUGUUCUAGAUGCAAAAGUUAUAUAAAUGCUUUCAUGAGGUUCACUGAUCAUGGGCAAAAAUUUAUUUGCAAUUUAUGUGGUUUUACCAAUGAAACUCCACGGGACUACUACUGUAAUCUUGGGCCAGAUGGUAGGCGUCGUGAUGCAGAUGAAAGGCCUGAACUUUGCAAAGGAACAGUUGAAUUUGUUGCUACGAAAGAAUACAUGGUUCGUGAUCCCAUGCCUGCUGUCUUCUUUUUUCUCAUUGAUGUUUCACUGAAUGCUGUACAAACUGGUGCAACUGCUGCAGCUUGCAGUGCAAUCAGUCAGUCUCUGGCGGAUCUUCCUGAUGGUCCAAGGACAAUGGUCGGUAUUGCAACUUUUGAUUGCAGUAUUCAUUUUUACAAUCUGAGACGAGCCUCGCAGCAGCCUUUGAUGCUCAUUGUGCCAGAUGUUCAUGAUGUUUAUACACCUCUUCAUACUGAUGUAGUGGUUCCUCUUACCGAGUGCCGUCAAAGUUUUGAACAGUUACUAGAGAGCAUCCCAAGUCUGUUUGAAAAUAAUAAGGUUGCUGAUUCUGCAUUCGGUGCUGCAGUCAAGGCUGGAUUCUUGGCACUUAAACCUACAGGAGGAAAGCUUCUUGUUUUCCAGUCAGUCUUGCCAUCAAUUGGUAUUGCAUCUCUUUCUUCCAGAGAAGCUGAAGGGAGAACGAAUAUUUCUGCUGGUGAUAAGGAGGCACAUAAGUUGUUUCAACCAGCAGACAAGACACUGAAAACAAUGGCCAUUGAGUUUGCUGAGCACCAGGUUUGUGUUGAUAUAUUUAUCACCGCUCAGACUUUUGUGGACAUUGCUUCCAUUUCCGUUGUUCCUGGAACUACUGGAGGACAGGUAUAUUAUUAUUAUCCAUUUUCUGCUGUCUCUGAUCCUGGGAAACUCUACAAUGAUCUUAGAUGGAAUCUUAGUAGACCCCAAGGUUUUGAGGCAGUGAUGCGGGUUAGAUGCAGCCAGGGCCUUCAAGUUCAGGAAUAUGCUGGAAGCUUUUGCAAGCGCAUUCCCACUGAUAUUGAUCUUCCUGCAAUAGACUGCGAUAAAACUAUAAUGGUUACUUUCAAAUAUGAUGAUAAGUUCCAGGAGAAUUCAGAAUGUGCCUUUCAGUGUGCACUUCUUUACACUACUGUGUAUGGUCAAAGAAGAAUUAAAGUUAUAAACCUCUCCCUUCCUUGCACUAGCAUGCUUAGCAAUCUUUUCCGUACAGCUGACUUGGAUACCCAGUUUGCCUGUAUCCUCAAGCAAGCGGCAAGCAGCAUCCUAGUGAACUCGCUUUCUCAAGUCCGUGAGCAGAUCAUAAACCUCUGCAUCAACAUCUUACAUGCCUACCGUAAGUUUUGCGCGACAGUAUCAUCUUCAGGCCAGCUAAUUCUUCCUGAAGCUCUGAAGCUAUUGCCUCUCUAUACGCUAGGUUAUCUUCCACCUGGAUACAAUUUAUUGAGAACUUCACUUCUUCAAAAAGAAAAAGCUCAUAUUGAAAAGCUGUUAGAGCCAACAAAAACUAUUUGGAAACAAAAGGGGGCGAUAAAUUUUGAAGGCGAGUACAAGGAUAAAAUUUUCAUCUCUAAGUUGCUCAUUAAUGCUAUAAAUGAAGUGGGACAUCAGAAUGUUGUCCAAGUGGUCACAGAUAAUGCUCCUGUUUGCAAAAUUGUUGGGUUACUCGUUGAGGCAAAGUAUCCACACCUAUUUUGGACUCUUUGUGUUGUGCACAUAUUGAAUCUUGCUUUGAAGAAUAUUUGUGCACCGACUGACUCUCUACGAAACAAAGAAGCCUUUGAUGAGUGCAAGUGGAUAGCAGAAGUAGCAAAUGAUGCUUCAAUGAUCAAGAAUUUUAUCCUGAAUCACAAUAUGAGAUUAUCGAUGUUCAACGAUAACUCAAACUUGAAGAUGCUCACUUGCGGAUACUCGAUUUGCUUCCACGAUCAUUACGCUUAA